GGAACGCCCCCCUUCGCCACGACGACGGCCGGUCCGAGUCGUGUCAGUCAGUAUCGGAGCGAGCGUGUCGUAGUCAUGUAGCGUUAGGAUGUCUUAAAAUGGAAGAUACAGAAUCGAUGCUGACAGAGUUACCGGUUUGUAGAUCUCGGCACCCGUUCGGUAAUGCAGUGCUCCACCGCCCCCACCUCAACCUGCCGCCCUCCCCGGCGACGACGGACUCGAAGACGCACGUCUCCUACUUGUACCCGGAGAUCCUCGCCUUGAUAUUCAGCUAUCUGGAAGUGCGGGAUAAAGGGAGAGCGGCUCAAGUGUGCACCGCCUGGAGAGACGCUUCGUAUCACAAGUCUGUGUGGCGCGGGGUCGAGGCGAAACUGCACCUACGGCGGGCGAACCCGUCUCUCUUCGCGAGCCUCGUGAAAAGGGGCAUCAGGAAAGUGCAAGUGCUCUCGUUGAGGAGGAGCCUGAGGGACGUGGUCCAGGGCAUCCCGAAUCUCGAAUCCCUCAACCUGAGCGGCUGUUACAACUUGACUGACAUCGCUCUGGCGCACGCUUUCGUCGUCGACCUACCGCCCGAUUUGACCAAGCUGGACCUCUCCUUGUGCAAACAGGUGACGGACAUCAGUCUGGGCCGCAUCGCCGAGUACCUGAAGAACCUGGAAGUGUUGGAGUUGGGAGGAUGCGGGAACGUGACCGACACCGGCCUCCUCCUCAUCGCCUGGGGUCUGAAAAAUCUGAAACGACUGAAUUUGAGGUCGUGCUGGCACGUCUCGGACCAGGGGAUCAGCCAUCUGGCCGGUCUGAGCCGAGGGGCCGCCGACGGAAACCUAGCCCUAGAAUACCUAGGGUUACAAGACUGUCAGACGCUAACGGACGAAGCGCUGAAACACGUUUCCGUCGGCCUGGCCGGUCUCAAGAGCAUAAACCUCAGUUUCUGCGUCAACAUCAGCGACAGCGGGCUCAAAUACCUGGCAAAAAUGCCCGCCCUCAAAGAGCUCAACCUCAGGUCAUGUGACAACAUCUCCGACACCGGUAUGGCCUACCUCGCCGAAGGGGGAUCCCGGAUCACUUGCCUCGACGUCUCCUUCUGCGACAAGAUCGGCGACCAGGCACUCGUCCACGUCUCACAGGGCCUCUUCAACCUCCGGGCCCUCUCGAUGAGCGCCUGCCAGAUCUCGGACGAAGGCGUCUGCAAACUCGCAAAGACCCUCCACGAAUUAGAAACUUUAAAUAUAGGUCAGUGCAGUAAAAUAACGGACAAAGGUAUCCUCACCAUCGCCGAAUCCCUGAGGCAUCUCAGGUGCAUCGACUUGUACGGUUGCACCAGGAUAACGACCACCGGUUUAGAGAGGAUUAUGAAACUCCCUCAACUGAGCACUCUCAACCUCGGCCUCUGGCACAUCAGAUGACGACCGACUACUUCCCAAAAUGUGAUAAUAUUUUUUAAUUAUUUGUUAACGCUCAAUUUUUAUGUGUUCUGUCGUUAAUUUUUGUUUGUUGUUUAGUAGACUAUUUUCUAGGUACGUAAAACUUAAAACUGCGUAUAGGCAAAACGCUUUCCAUGAAGAAUAAAAACCUCAUCUCUCACAGGCCCCGUGAGUUGAAUAAUUGCGGGAAUCUAGCUGCGUUUUUUUUUCGCGGUUUAUUAACGUUUAUCCGAAGGGUUACUUUUUUCUAUUAAUAAAAAAAUUGAUUCAUUAUUUAAUGUGCAAGUAAUUUUUGUAAGACCUGAAAAAUUAAG